AUGGCUGCCAACACCUCCGCCCCUGACACCCAUUACUUGGUCUUUUUGAUCAUUUCCGCCUUGAUUACCGCCGUUCACCUCGGCACCGAGAUCGUCAGCCUCUAUCGUACCGGUCCCCUCCGCGCCCGAGACUACCAGGCUGCCUGCUUGGUGUCUCAGCGCCUGGCCUUGCUGGUGGCCAGCAUUGUCCUCUUCACAACGACCCAAGAUGGCAGUUGGAUUGACUUUUGCGUCGUCGGCUCCAUCCUCCUGCUGUUGGUGGAAGAGUCAUUGACCCGGGCCAAGUACAACCCAAGAACUGACCGGCUGGUCCAUGUGUGUGCGGUGAUCAACACCUCGAUCCUCGGCGUCCGGCUUCUCACUGCCGCAGCCAGUCUUAAGAUUCACACGUUUGGCAUCUACCUCUUUGCCCACCUCUGCGCCGAGUACUUGUACACGCUGGUGCACCGACAGUUGUGCAAGGAUGUGGAGAACACGAUCGUUGAGCGAUCCGACCUCAUCCGUCAGGUUCUGUGUUCUGUCACCUUGGCUGCGGCAUUGACGUCGGCCGCGGUCUGGCGCAAAUGGUUCAGCGUCAUUCUGGUGCGGGAAAAAGAUGGUCGGGCUAAAGCGAGACCACAGAUUACCGCCAUGGUUUGCACCUUCUGCAGCCUCCCCUUCCACAUAUGGAUUGCCUUCUUCCGUCAGCUUGGGAAGGGGACCGAGUUCGUGUGUGAAAGGGCGGCCCGCGAGGAACGUGCCGCCAAUGCCACCCCGAGGCUGAGAAGCAGUCGGGAACGGACCAGUGUCAGUCACAGUCCCAGUGCCAGGCCCGGUGCCAGCCCAAGUUCGUCCCCCGGGGGGAGAGGUCGGGAGCAGAGUGUCCCGCACAACAGUCCGGCUCCGAUGCCUUUGGCUCCGCUUCGGCCUGCGCGACUCCAAACUUCGCCGUCCACUCAACCGCUCCGGGCAGCAACAUCGUUCGGAGACCUCGCGCCCCAGCCGUAUGAUCAGCAGUAUGAUCAGCAGUAUCCGUCGUAUGAUAUACAGUAUCUUCGGGAUCAUCUUCGUGAGCAUAAUCAUAUGCAUCCGCACGAUCCCAACAAUCUCCUGAGGAGGAUCAUGCCGGAGGAGCCUGAGGGAACUAUUACCUGGAUAUUCGACACACCACCCGACCCUACCAGGGGGUAUCCACCGGGACCGUUCAAAGGCAGUUUGUAUCCACGGGAUCCCAGUGACGAGGGGACCCCGGAACCGGGCCAUAGCCCGACUCUACCGCCGCAGCCCGUGGUGGUGGGCAUGCACCCUGCCGACAUGCAGCUUCAGCCCACGGUGUACCUCAACGACGUCAACUAUCCCGAGCGACAAGCUGAUGGCCACAGCCGAUGGGUGUGA